UCAAUUAAAUUGAACGGACGUGUCUGGCUGUACUCCCCAAGUGUAUGAGUUGCGCGUGUGUUUUCAAUAAGAAAUAAAGGAAAUACAAUUAAAUGUGCAAAAGAAAAUAAAAUUUAUAAAACAGAAUAGUUGAUGACUAAUUCAAAUAAGAAACGGAAAAUAAAAGCUUUCAAAGUGUAGAAGAAUAUUUAAGAAAAUAUUUGUGAAAAAGAAGCGCAGUUCAUGUGCAAAAAAGUAAAAGAAUUGAAAAGAAAAACUUCAUAGAAUAAGUACUGGAUAAGAAAAAUAUAAAAAGUGUUGCUUUCAAAAAAGAAACACACUACAACAUAAUUAUUGUAUUGAAAAAAAUUUUUUGGCCACCGGAAAGAAAACAAGAAGGUAACAUUUACAUCGGGUAAGACAUGAGUGAACAUACCAUGGAAACGAGACGUAGGUCUCGAUCAAAAACCCCAUUUUUACGUUCCAGUUGUGACCACGAAAAUUGUGAUCACAUUGGUGAUGAGCCACAUACACAUCAUCACAAAAAGAAGUCCACGACAUCACAAUUACCAAAUGUUCGAACCAUAAUUGAAGAGACCGUGGAAGUGACAUCAUCUUCAUCGGUCGAGGCUAGUGGUAAAAAUAGUCCCUCCAAAAUGACACAAACCAAAAUCAAAACAUCAGAUUACUCCAGCGAUGAUAGUCCUGAAAAUAAAACAAAAACAACAAAUACAAGGGCUAUAACAUCAGUUUCUAGUAAUUCCCAGCAGCAACAACAACAACAGUUUAGAAGUCAAACUGGCGGCGGGGUAACAGAAAGCAAAACCUCCAGUACCACCACAACUGUUGUGACAAAGACCAAAAAAUCUGGAGGCAAUGUAGCCACAUCAACACCAAAAGCCAGCAAUUUUAUAACACAUUUCGCUUCCCAAUAUUCCUCAAGAGGAAGUGGCGGGGGUGCUAAGGCAUCCAAGGCUCAAAUCGAAACACGAUAUGAAGAGAAAAAUAUCAAGGAGCACACACAAAAUGUUUUGAACAGUGAAAAGGAAUUGAGCAAAAGUAAAUCAUAUUUGAGUGGAUUUUUGGGCAACUCCUUUAGUUUGGAUAAUUUGGAGGCCAGUGAUCACGUGGCCUAUUUGGAAUACAAAAAGGCUGGAGAAUACUGGAAGACCACCCCCAAAACAGAUUACACCUACUCUGAACUAUCGCCACACCGUCGUGUAUUGGCCCCCGGCAUUGUUGCCAUGCCCAAUAUGUCCCGCAAAUCUUUGGAAAAUCAUCAUGAACGCAUCAAUUACAUGAUUGAACGUGAUCCUGCCCAAGAAGAAUACAUACGACGUCGCUAUGAAUCUUCAAAAUACAGCCAAAAUAGAAGGGCUGCUGAAAAAUUGGCCUAUGAUUCGGGUGAUGAGGUUGAUUAUACAUAUCGUAGAACCGCCACAAAUCUUUACAACCAGGAUCACCAAUUGCAGCAAGAGUCCUGGUUAAUGCGUUUCAUUACCACCAUUGUUACCACCCUGACCACAACAUGGUCCAGCAUUACUGGGUCGUCGAAUAGUGAACAAAACGGAGGAGUUGGCCGUUACACCAGCUAUAGUGGCAGCAGCAGUAUGUAUCACACGAAAUUGGCUGAAGAAGAUAGAGGGUUAUUUGGUUCAAUGGCUUAUGGCAUAACCUCGGCUUUUGCAUAUUUCACACGUAAUCUGUACUUGUUUAUAUCAUCGGUUUUAUGUUUGGACACAUGGUUGCUGCAAUCUUCAAGUGCUGAUAAUAAGAGCAAAAAACGUUUCCUCUUAUUUUUGUUGAUGCUGUUGCCAUUGUUGUUGUUGGCGGCCUGGUACCUGUUGGAUGAAGAAGACCGUGUCGUGUAUACGCAAAGUUGGAAUUCUCUGCUGCCCCUCUCGCUGAUCACCACCCUCCGAGGAUCGUUGUAUACCAAUGUCCAUGCCAUCAAAAGCUUUCUACCUCUAUUCUUCUCUAGCCAACAAAGUUCUAGUCAAAAGAAAUUGGAUAACAUCAAAUUAGCUAUGGAAAAUUCCAUGCCCACCGAGGAUUAUGAAAAUAUUUUGAAUCACAUCAAUUCCUAUGUUCAAACAUUGGUGGACCUUAAAUUACAAGAACAACAAAAGAAGUUGGAUUUGCAAGCGAGUAAGGCAUCGUCGGAGCUAUCAUCGAAACAAAUUAAUUUAAUAGUACAAAUAAUGAAGGAAAAUUUGGAAGUUAUAUCGCGGCAAAAACGUGAUCAAGACACUGCUGUAACACUCAGCGAUAGUGACCUCAAUCUAAUAGUACAAAAAGUUAUCGUAAAGCUACAGGAAGGCUCGGAUUUCAAAUUGCCCGUACAACUGUCUACCAAAAACAUAGAGGAAAUAAAACGUUUGGUCUCCCAAACUUUGGAAAUUAACAAUCAUGCCCAUUAUCACACUUUGGUGGAAAAUUUGGAUCUCGAUGCUCUGAUAGCAAAGCUUUUAAAAUCUUCUCUAUUCACCACCUACAUACACGAUGAAAUCUCCUCGCAGAUCAAUGAAAAACUACAUGACAAACUUUUGGAAUUACAAAACUUCCAAGGUGCCGCCGCGAAGGAUGGUUCCGAUAAUUUUGCAUUUUUGGAACAACAGAAAUUGAUUAUUGAAAAUUUGGGCCAAGAGGUGGCUUUCAUCAAACUUUCCCUCAGCGAUAAACUCUCCGAAAACGAAGAUCUCCACUAUUCCAUUAAACAUUUGCAACAGACCCAAGAUGAUCUACUUGCACGUCUGCAGGAAUUGGAAUUCAACACCGAUCAGCGGUUCUCAAAUCUCAUGCAAGAAAUCUCCACCAAAUUGAAUACCCUCAAAGAGGAACAAUUCCAUUUGCUGAAUCAGCAAGUGAAACUUUCUCUGAUUGACAUCCUCGGCUUUAGUUCGUCGCUGAAAGAUGCCUCUAAAUUCGAUGAUGGUGAUUUACAACAUUGGGUCAAUUCAAUGUUUGUGGCCAAGGAUUAUUUGGAACAACGCCUGUCGGACAUCAACAAUCGUACCCAUGAUAAAAUCAAGCAAGAAAUUGACAAAUCUGCCAUGUUCCUAAUGCGUGACAUAAGUGAGCGUUUAAAACAAGAAAUCAUAAUAGCCGUGGAGAAUAAACACAAAGAGACCAACACCAAGCUGGAGGGGCAAAUCAAGGCUGCUCUGUCCGAGGAAGAAGUUCGCAAUAUUGUGAAAUCGGUUUUGGCUAUUUAUGAUGCCGACAAAACGGGGUUGGUUGAUUUCGCCCUGGAAUCGGCUGGUGGUCAAAUAUUGUCUACACGCUGUACGGAAAGUUAUCAAACCAAAUCGGCUCAAAUAUCCAUUUUCGGUAUUCCCUUGUGGUAUCCCACAAAUACCCCACGUGUGGCCAUAUCUCCUAAUGUCCAACCUGGUGAAUGUUGGGCCUUUCAGGGUUUCCCUGGAUUUUUGGUGUUGAAAUUAAACUCAUUGGUCUAUGUAACUGGCUUUACCCUGGAGCAUAUACCCAAAAGCUUGGCACCCAAUGGAGCUAUUGAUUCUGCGCCCAAGAAUUUCACAGUUUGGGGUCUGGAACACGAAAAGGAUCAAGAACCCGUUCUCUUCGGUGAGUAUGAAUACGCUGAUAACGACGCCUCUUUGCAGUAUUUCCCGGUGCAAAAUCAAAAUAUCAAUCGGCCCUAUGAAAUUGUGGAGUUGCGUAUUGAAUCGAAUCAUGGUCAACCGCUAUACACGUGUCUCUAUCGAUUCCGGGUACAUGGUAAACCACCAACCACAUAAGCAUCAACAAAAUGGAAUAGGACAGAAUACUAAGCCAAAAGAAAAAAGUGAAUACAUCCCUCCCAUUCUCCCCCAAAAAAUGUCUAUACUAAACUUAGCCAUAAUAUAAUUAAGUUAAACAAACAUA